GUUGCUUCGUGCGUGUAUAAGAUGUGCUCGUUGAAUGGACGAGGGAUCAAUUAAUAGUCGUUCCACGGAGACCGUUAUCAAAUCGGUCUCCGGUUUAACGGCAGCUUCGGUCGAGGAUGGCAAUAAUAAUCCUGAACAGGCGGAAAUGGUGCGCAAACGUUUGCAAGCUUGCGAAAUUGCUUCAGUGGAUGUUAAUGAGAUGGUAUGGGAAGCAAGUAGCAAUGACGAGAAAGAAAAAACUUUUCAUGAACUGCAGCCAAUUAAAGAAAAAGAUUACGAAUUCCUAGUUCCAAGUACUUCUAAAAAAGUGUUAAAACGAGCUCAAGAUAUCACAGAAGAACGGAAAAAUGAACAUAAACGAUGGCGUGCAGCAAUCGAUGGAUAUGCGCAGUAUUCAGAAUGGAUUUGUAAAGUUAAUGAGAAAGUGGAAGAUAUGCCAGAUUUGGAUAGUGGCGGAAGUGUUGCCACUACCGAUGCUACAGAUGAUCCAGAAGCAGAAUAUUUCAUCGCUGUGGAUUCAAUGAAGGAUGUUAUUGACCAGAUUCAGAAAGCUAGAGCAGCGCAGUCAGAGGAAACAGCGGAAAGUGAUGCGAAACUAGAUGAAAUUUUAAAAUACUGUGAAGAAAGUGCGAAACGAAUUGGUUCAUUUGAAGAUAAAAAUAUUCAGAAUUAUCAAAUGUUUAUAUGCUUCGCUUGUGGUCGGGUUUUCGAUGAUGAAAUCGCAAUGCGGAAUCAUAUAAAUGAAAUCCAUCUCUCUAAUAAGGACUAUAUUUUCAAAUGUAGUUACUGCUACAGACGUUUCAAAUUGAAGCAUCAUUUGCAACGCCAUGAACGUACACACGAUCUAUCACUUGUGCAUACUUGUAAUCGAUGCUCUUCAUCAUUUCGGAGUUUCGAAUCGUUAAUUGUACAUAAAAGUAAAGCUCAUGGAAUCGAUGAGAACGGUGCAAAAAUUUUGAAUUUGAAGUAUAAUUGUAAUAAGUGCAAGCAGAAGUUUGGGACUUUUAUCGAAUUGAGUAGACACAAAUAUUUUUGUUUGAAUGAGUCUCGCAUCAAAGAGCAGAAGAAAGUCAGUGGUGCUUCUCCUUCUUCAUCUACGAGUUCGAUAUUUUCUCUGUCUUCAAGACAGAAAGUUGACAAAACAUGCAGAAUAUGUAAUACGAAAUUUGCAUCACGGCAGUCAUUAAUACGCCAUAUGGGUCGAAUUCAUCCGCAGGAAAAGAUUGAUGAAAUUAAACAGUAUGAAGUAAUCCAGUCGCCAGAUCUUCCGUUUGCCUGUAAUAUUUGUUCGAAACGUUUCACGACCAGAACCUUAAUGUUAGUUCAUCGUAAGCGACACGAAGGAAGGCAUUUCGUCUGUGAAAUAUGUAAGAAGACAUAUCCAUUAGCAAGUGAAUUACGAAAACAUGUCAAGCGUGUACACGGAAGCUCUUUGGAAGGUUAUGGGACAUCGAAAGGUUCGAGUGCAGAAUACAGUAGUGCAACCGCCAUCGAUAAGCAGAAUUUAAGUAAGCAACAAUCGCUACCAGUAGAGCAGUACAAUAAUUGCGAUUACGAAGAUCUUACCGAUUUCGGUGAUUUGUAACUAAUGUUUGCAAUAAUAAUGUUGGUGAUUUCUGUAAAGAUCGACACGUAGUGAAUCUAGUAUUGUACACUUUAAUCAUAUUAAGUUCGUUGUUAUUCGCACAACAUAAUGAAUGCUGUGAAUUGGUCUAUCCUUUUUUUUGUUGAUAUUAUGCUUCCCGAGAUUACUCAUGAUGGAAAUUGAUAUAGCCUUUACAAAAUUCUAUACACAUGAUGUACAUAUGAAC